AUGUCUGAAAACAACGGUGCCCAGAAGGUCUGGCUCGCCUCCAACGACAGCGCCAUCAUUGAAGUCGACCGUGCUGUCUCCGAGCGAUCAAUGUUGAUCAAGAACAUGCUUGAGGAUAUUGGUGAUGAGCUGAUCACCCAGGCCAACCCUAUUCCCAUCCCUAACGUCAACGAGGCCGUCCUCCGCAAGGUCAUAGAGUGGUGCGACCACCACCGUAACGAUCCUCCCCAAGCCCAGGACGACGAGGCCGACGCUCGUAAGAAGACCACCGAUAUUGAGGAGUGGGAUCAGAAGUUCAUGCAGGUCGACCAGGAGAUGCUCUUUGAGAUCAUCCUCGCUAGCAACUACCUUGACAUCAAGCCCCUCCUUGAUGUUGGCUGCAAAACCGUUGCCAACAUGAUCAAGGGCAAGUCUCCUGAGGAAAUUCGCAAGACGUUCAACAUCACGAACGAUUUCACACCCGAGGAGGAGGAGCAGAUCCGUCGUGAGAACGAGUGGGCCGAGGAUCGUUAA